AUGGCGACCUUGUCUGGAAUUCUCAAUGGCAGCUCUCUUGAUAGCCGAGUCGAGGACUAUCUCGAGGAUAAGCUUCAAUCGACCGCUGAUCUCGACAACCUCGACGAACUACUCACCAAUGUCGAAUUGCAGCGAAACCAGCUCCAAUCGCAGCUCGACGAUGCCGCAAAAGAGCUGGAAGAGGCGAGGCGCAUAAGCGACGAACGCCAAGCUGCCCUUCAGGCUCGCAUUGCCGAGUUCAAUGAACUGCAAGAAAGCAUCGACAGGCGCGUCCAAAUAGCUGCUGCUUCCGAUGCGCCGAGCGAGGCUAUUGCGCGACUACAGAAGCCCAUGAAGCAGCUACAGAGCAUCGAGCUGGCUCAGAAAUACUUCUUGCUGCUACAAGACGCUGAGCGACUACGGAAAGAGGCUCGAUCUCAUCUUCCAGGCAGCCCCAAAGAGGCACUCGAACCGUAUGCGCAGUUGAAAGAGCUGGCGAUUAAGCUGAGAUCCCUGCCCGGAAAUGACGACCUUCAUCUGGUGGAUCAUGUUGAGAAGAUGACGAAGAAUCUCUGGGAUGAAAUGAAGCAAAUCAUGUCUACCGAGUUAGAGACUGUGCUAAAUAAGAAACACUGGCCUAAAGUCGACCCUCAGUCCGAAAUGGAUGAAGAAUGGAUAGCUUGUGUGGAGAAGCUUCUCGAUUUGCAGAUGCCAGAAGUUAUCCACAGCGCAGAUAUCGUGGCUCUCUUGCCGUUUGAGGUCAUGGCUAAGAUGUUCGUUGCCGAGUUUCGCUUCCAUUUUAUGAGCGAUAAACCAACCAGCAGCCCUCAAUCAGUUGGUACCCACUGCUUCCCCUGGCUUUUGACAACUUUGGAAAAAUGGGAGGAGUUCUUUCGCGACAAUCUGGGCCAUCUGCUGGCAUCCAAGUUUCAUGACACACCCGUGGCGAACAAGACCAUCUAUGCGGAUCCUGCGUGUGCUCUCAUCACUGCAAUGCUACCCGUUGUUCGAGAGAAGAUUGAUGUAGUGGCAUCAGAGGCGCAUACGAAUCCCGGAUUUUUGAGCAGUUUUAUAUCUCAGGUCAUGACUCUGGACGAGAAUAUCCGAUCCCGUUUCAGCUAUGACGGCGGUGACCCGGAGAAUGGCUGGACAGGGCUGUCAGAGAUCAUCCUCGAGAAGUACUUUGAUGUAUGGUUCCAGGCUGAAAGGAGUUUUGCGCUAGAGAGGUUUGAAACCAUCUUAGAGUCAAGAGACGGGCGCCAAAUUGAUUAUGAUUAUUCGUUGCCUGGAAAGAUGAAACCUACAUUUGCGGCUGUUCAACUGACGGACUUGCUACGGGUGGUAACUACAAAAUACGAACGCCUUCGCAAUGUCAAGCAGAAGCUCAAGUUUCUCACGGAUAUUCAACUAGAUAUUCUCGAUGGAUAUCACGAUCGUCUGAGAAGUUCAUUGGAAGCCUACCAGUCUUUGACUUCUACCUUGGGCCGGACCAUUCACGGUGUAACGAAAGAACAGCUCGCUGCCCUGGAAGGAACUGGUACUUUGGAGACGUUGUGCAAAGUGAUUGGCAGCUCUGACCAUGUUGCAAAUACCCUGGCGGAAUGGGGAGAUGAAGAAUUCUAUGUCAUCCUGUGGGAUCAGCUGCACAGACGUCAAUCUCGACAAGUAAAGCUACAGGGCUCCGCUAUCGGUAACGUGGUUGGGAAUAGCCAUGAUCUCAAGGAACGCACCGUCGCCGCAGUUGAUGAUGGCGACGAGAAUGGGGCCAUCUUUGAUGAAACCAUUGCAGCGUAUACCAACCGUCGCAAGGCCGGCGAAGAGCUGCUCGUGGGUGCCUUGGUCGACUCUCACUCCAAAGCGCUGCGCGCCUAUACCCAUAAUGUUCAAUGGACAACAAUAGGCGAAAGCGCCACUCCCGAUGACUCCUCAACGCUUUCCAUUACACCUGAGCUGGAUGAAGCACUGAGCACCUUGAAGAGAAACCUGGAGUUCCUAGGCAGAGCCCUCUCUGCGGCCUCGUUCCGGCGUGUCUGGCGAGAUGCACUCGAAAAGCUCCAAGACUUGCUAUGGACAAGUAUCCUCACCCGCCAAACAUUCACCACGCUUGGAGCCGCCCAAUUUGCGCAUGACUGCGCAUCCAUCUUUUCGCUUGUAGAUCGGUUCAUCCCCAACGGUUCGGCGGCCCUAGAGUCUCUUCGUGAGGGACUUGUGCUGCUCAAUUUGCCAGCGACGGCAGCGGCAGAGAGCGAGGAUGCCGUUGCUAUAACGCUCAAGCAAGCUAGUGACCGAGCAUUUACCGACAAUGACGAGGCGCGUGCGGUGCUGGAAGAGCUGCAGCUCGUGGCUUUGACACCACUGAAUGCAAGACAAAUUCUUCAGAGACGGGUGGAGAACAACGAGAACGUAGGAUGGUAA